AUGAAAGUCCACAUCAAACACUGGAGCGCCGUCGCCCAAUGGCGGUGGAACACAGGCAACACAACCCACGACCAAGACGACGAAGGCGACGUAUGUGGGAUCUGUCGCGUCCCGUUUGAGGGGUGUUGCCCAUCGUGUAAGAUGCCUGGGGAUGACUGUCCUUUGAUCUGGGGCGAAUGCAGCCACGUCUUCCACAUGCACUGCUUGCUCAAAUGGCUAGGAACGGUUGCUUCGAAACAGCAGUGUCCUAUGGAUCGACGCGCUUGGGUCACUGCUGAGCGCAAGGCGAACGAGUUGGCUGCGAGUUAG